AUGGCUAAAGAGGUUCAUGAUCAAUUCGGCGAGUUUAAAUUCUCUUUAGUAGCCACUGGCCUCCAGGACCAAUAUACCCCACAUCUCUGGCAACCACGAGUCCUUACACGUGUACGAAGAAUUAAUAAUGUGCAGUUCAGUGCACAUGGCACCAGCUUCGACUUGCCAUCUAGGGAACUAAUCGAAAUUCAUCACAUUGUGGCUCAAAUUCUCCACGCAUCCGGCAGAGCUCAAUGGAUUGAACGUGUUCUAGAGGAUCUUGAGGACACAUGUGUCCUGGCGCACGAUGGAUCCACGAAUGUCGCCGAUAUACUGUGGGGGACCGACUUGGCACUCAUGAGUGAGUUGAUUUCAUGCUGA